GCCCAGAAUCGAUGCUGGUGGGCAGAUAAAUUGGCAACAGGGGGAAGCCGUAGCUUUAGUCUGCACUGAACAGCAGCCAAGUUCAGUUGGAAUCGAUUUGGAAUAACCUAUAUUUUGCAUUCGCCAGUUGGCUUUGAGAGUUUCUGUGUUGAGGUGGACGAAAUGAAGCGGACGCGGACUGCACUUGGAGUGGCCCUGCUCCUGGCCCUGGUGUCUCAACUGACGGCCCACAGCUCAGAUGACUUGGUUUACGGCUACGAGUGCCGCAGUGGCUUCUGCCAGAAGGUGGAGCUCAGCGAGGAGAACUACGCCAAGGCCAUCAGUCUGCCCGUGUGCCGGCUCUUCUGCGGCAGCUCCAUCGGCACCCUGUGGCCCAAGCCCACGGGUACUGUGCGUCUGGACACGUUGAUGCGCCAGGUGGACAUCUCCUUUAUCGACUUCAAUGUCAAUGGAACGGCCCGCCAACAGAAGCUCUGGCGAGCUGCUGAAGACCGCUUCAUGGACAUGCUGAACGCCCAGAUACCAGAUCGCAAGGUUCUCGCACGAGGUGGCUACCGUUUGUCUGUGAACAUCAAUACUCCGGAUGAGCCGACUCCGGCCAGACUCACUCUGGAAACGGACGAGAGCUAUGCCCUGGACAUUGAUACGGAUGCUUCGGGUCAUGUGCUGGCCAACAUUACCGCGGCCAACUUUUUCGGAGCCCGUCAUGGUCUGGAGACCCUGGCCCAGUUGAUUGUCUACGAUGACAUACGCCGCGAGGUUCAGGUGACUGCCAAUGCCACCAUCACCGAUGCUCCGGUGUACAAGUGGCGUGGAUUGCUUCUGGACACCUCUCGUAACUACUACUCUGUGAAGUCCAUCAAGAGGACUUUGGAGGGCAUGGCCUUGGUCAAACUGAACACCUUCCACUGGCACAUCACGGACUCGCACAGCUUCCCACUGGAGGUGAAGAAGCGGCCAGAGCUGCACAAGCUGGGAGCCUAUUCCCAACGCCAGGUGUACACCCGCCGGGACGUGGCCGAGGUUGUGGAGUACGGCCGAGUGCGAGGCAUCCGUGUUAUGCCAGAGUUCGAUGCUCCUGCCCAUGUGGGUGAGGGUUGGCAGCACAAGAACAUGACCGCCUGCUUCAAUGCUCAGCCAUGGAAGUCAUUCUGCGUGGAGCCACCAUGUGGCCAACUCGAUCCCACUGUGAACGAAAUGUACGAUGUGCUGGAGGACAUUUACGGCACCAUGUUCGAUCAGUUCAACCCGGAUGUCUUCCACAUGGGCGGCGAUGAAGUGUCCACCAGCUGUUGGAAUAGCAGCCGGCCCAUCCAGAAGUGGAUGAAGAAGCAGAAAUGGGGCCUGGAGACCGCCGACUUUAUGCGCUUAUGGGGACACUUCCAAACAGAGGCUCUCGGUCGCGUGGACAAGGUGGCCAAUGGUACGCACACGCCCAUCAUUCUGUGGACUAGUGGACUCACCGAGGAGCCCUUCAUUGACGAGUAUCUGAACCCAGAGCGUUACAUCAUUCAGAUCUGGACCACUGGUGCAGAUCCCAAGGUAAAGAAGAUUCUUGAGCGUGGCUACAAGAUCAUUGUGUCCAACUACGAUGCUCUGUACUUGGACUGCGGCGGAGCUGGCUGGGUGACAGAUGGCAACAAUUGGUGCUCCCCCUACAUUGGCUGGCAGAAGGUGUACGACAACAGUUUGAAAUCCAUUGCCGGCGACUACGAGCAUCAUGUCUUGGGAGCGGAAGGAGCCAUUUGGUCGGAGCAGAUCGACGAGCACACCCUGGAUAACCGCUUUUGGCCCAGGGCCAGUGCCUUGGCCGAACGACUGUGGUCAAAUCCUGGCGAGGGUUGGCGCCAGGCCGAGUCACGUCUGCUGCUCCAUCGCCAGCGACUGGUGGACAACGGUCUGGGUGCGGAGGCCAUGCAACCGCAGUGGUGCUUGCAAAACGAGCACGAGUGUCCAAUUGACGCGUACGAUGCACAAGUUUGACAAGCUAUUAAACCUUUCCUCUUAACGGUCGCUAUCCUUGUAGAUGUAGUCGGGGCGGCGGGCGGUAUGGGUUGAUUGUCUUGUUGCUACUCACAACGCUCUCUGCCUGAAAAUAAAGCACAGCACAAAGGUGGCCUUA